AUGACCUUCACACUCCACCUGAAGUCCCGCCUUCCCUCUGCUGUGAGGAGUUUGAUUCUACAGAAGAAACCAAACAUCAGAAACAUGUCCAGCAUGGCUAGGGGGCUCCAGCCAGCCAGUGUGGUGGUCCUGCCCAGGUCCCUUGCUCCGGCCUCUGAAAAGUUCUGCCAGGUCAACAGUGGCCCUCUGCCGCUGCUGGGCCAAAGUGAGCCAGGCAAGUGGACGUUGCCUGCCCUGGAUGCUGUCCCAGGUACCAGGAUGGGCUGUCCCCGGUUCUGGAAGUAUGAGUCCGGCACCUGCACAGGCAGCCUGACCUCGCUGGAGGAGUCCUUGGAGCAGCUGAAGGACACGGUGGCCUUCCUCCUGGGCAGCAGCUUCUCCCUGGAAGGGGCCUGGGAGAAGGGGGGACUCCCCAGAAGGGACUCAGCAGGCCACGGCCACAUGGGUGCAUACAAGACAGAGGUGCCUUGUGCCACCAUUGCUGGCUUUUGCUGCCCUCUGGUGGUCACAGUGAGGCCAGUUCCCAAGGACAAACUGUAAUGGCUGGUGCAGGCCUGUUGCUCCGUGGGGGGUGAGCAUGGACAACCGGUUCACAUUGGCGACCCAGAACAUGUUCACAAAUGCAGAUGAAUUCCUUUGUUGGGUAUCAAAGAUCUUUCCAAACCUGACCACGGGGAGCCUGUGGUGUGUCAGCCAGGGCAUGUUCCAUUGUUCUGGCCUUCUCAGCUGACCAGUCUCUAAGCUGUCAGCGCCUGCAAGAUGCCACUGGCUUUCACCAGCUCACUGGGUUGCACAGUUAUGACUGACCUGAAGGGUACAGUGGCUCUGGCCAGAUGUCUCACCCCUGAGGGAAUGCCAGAGAUCCAUCACAUUUCCCAGGAUCCUUUGCACUGCAGCAUGGCGUCAGCUUCAGUCACUCAGAAGAUCAGGGAACUGGAGAUGACAAUUGCCAUCGACCCAGGCAGCCGGGGGAUCGGGCACCUGCUCUGUCCAGGCGAGCUGCUGCGGGCCUCCCGGUCUCCAUCCCACGCCCGCUCCGUGCCCCUCACCACCGGCUUCCCCGCGCAUGUCAACCACGAGCCUCCGGAAGAGACGGAUGGCCCGCCGGGAGCCGUGGUUCUGGCUGCCUUCCUGCAGACCUGGGAGAAGGGGGUCUCCAUGGUCGUCGACCAGAGAGCCUUGAAUUUGCACAAGAAGCUUGUUGACGAGGCUGUACAGCGAGGUGCUCUGAAGAGGCAGGUCCCAAUAUUAACCUACCAAGGCGGAUCGGCGGGAGCUGCUCAGGCGCUUCUAUGCAGAGACGGGAACCCCAAGUCACCCAGGUUUGACCAUCUGGUGGUGAUCGAGCGUACGGGAAGGGCUGCCGAUGGCAAUUACUACAACACAAGGAAGAGGAACAUCAAGCACUUGGAGGACCCCAUUGACGAUCAUUUCCUUGCAGUGCAGAAGAUUCCUGGAAUCUCAUCAACUGGGGUCGGUGACGGAGGCAACGAGCUUGGGAUGGGCAAAGUCAAGGAGGCCAUGAAGAGGCACAUACGAAAUGGGGACAUCAUUGCCUGUGAUGUGGAAACUGACUUUGCAGUCAUCAUCGCUGGCGUUUCUAACUGGGGAGGUUAUGCCUUGGCCUGUGCGCUGUACAUCGUGAACUCAUGGGAGGUCCACAGACGUUAUCUGAGGAAGGCAGUUGGGCCCUUCAGAGCACCUGGAGAGCAGAACUGGACUCAGGCCCUCCCAUCCAUCACUAAGGAAGAAAAAAUGUUGGGCGUCCUGGUGCAGCAUGGAGUCUGGAGUGGAGUCUCAGGCACCCUAGGCAUGGAGGUGGACGGGCCGCCCUUCCAUGGCACUCACGCCCAGAUGAUCCAGAAGCUGGUAGAUGUCACCAUGGAGCAAGGGUGA